AUGCCGCGGGUCCAAGGAGUCCAACACGUACAAGGAGUGAAGGCUGCGCAUGUGCAAGGGCCAGCCUUCCAGACGGCGAGCUCGCCUUUUGUGGGCCUGGGAGUGACUGCUGCUGUGGCGGCCGUUGCUGUGGGCGCCGCAACUCUCCGACGUUCCCUCGUCGCACGGCAGCUUCGUCUCGCAGGGCAGGACCGCCUGGGCAACAAGCAGCUGGCCUAUGGGUUGAUUUGCAGCAUUUUCGGCCUGGGCAAAACCACAGCCUUCAAAGUCUGCAUUGACUGCGACAUCAACCCGUACAAGAUCGUAUCCCAGCUGUCUGAAGACGAGGAGUUUCGUUUGGCUGAAGAAAUUGGCAACUAUGUGCUAGAGAACCCGCUGCGGCGCAUGUACAAGGCCAACUGCAAGGCUUUGCUGGCCAUCAAACACAGGCGAGGUGUUCGCAUGCAGAAGGGUUUGCCCGUGCACUUCCAGAGAAGUAAGACGAACAACCGUAACGCUCGCAAGCUGAACCCCAGCCGAUUCUGA